AAGAAAAAAAGGUUGAGGCACCGUUGCAAAGACAAAGGCAACACAGCGGUAAACAUCCCGGCUCCCCGCUCGUGUCUAAGGCAACAUUCUUCUUGUUUUCAGCGACCACGAUGCUGCGGUCCAUGGUGCAGGGGCUGUCCUGCCUCCGUCUGCAUGGCACAGGCCUGGCACAGUCCGUGGCCACCAAGGAGUCAGUGUGUGCCAGCGGGGCAGCGGCUCGGGCCCUGCCGCAGCCAAUCUUGCAGCACGUCAGGACCACAUUCAUUUUGAAGCAUGAGAGGCGGGUUGAACUAGUCAAAGCAUACAAGAACCCAAGAAGUAGAAGACUGAAGGCUCGACACUUUCUGUAUGACUUAGUGGAGAACAUUGACGUCAAGAAGCAGGAGCCUGUCAAGGUCAUCCUCAAGACUUCUGUUGAAGGGCUGGGCUCCCGGGGACAGGUGGUUGAGGUGUCUCCACACAAGGCCAGGAACCAGCUGCUGCUGCCCGGCCUGGCUGUCUACGCCUCGCCAGAAAAUCUUGAAAAAUAUUCCAGUUUAAUAGCAGACGUGUCCCAGGAAGACCAACCGUCCUCACCAUUUGCAUUAAGUACCUCCAAGCUGUUGUCGGAGAUGGUGAUCUACCUGAACAUGAACAAGGACAACCCGUGGGUGCUGGAGCCCUGGCACGUGCGGGUCAGCUUCCGCAAGGCCGGUGUGAUGGUGCCCGAGGAGGCCCUCACACUGCCCCCACACACCAUUGCUGGCCCGGACCUCGCACUGCAGGGGAAGGAGUUUGCCGUCAUGGUCAAGAUCAACAAUAAAGAGGAAGCUGCCGUUCGUUGCCGCAUCAACCACUUUGCAUCCAACCCCAAGGACCGCCUCCUAAAUCAGGGCCGCUUCUGGGAGCUGCCCGGCGACCCGCUCUUCCCUGAACAAGCACCCUUGCUGGAGGAGCUCAACAGGAGGGACAAGCGCAUCCGCUCUACAGCUGAGGAUGAAGAGGAGGACUGAGGCGGUGGACAUCCAUGUAGCCUCAUGUAUUUAAUGUUGCCGUUUCUGAAGCUCAUUGUGAGGGACGGUUGUUGAUUAGUGAUGACUCUUGGCACCAUUGACACUAGAGGCAUCAGUCGGCAUUUCUGUUACCUCCUUUUUUUUGCCUGACAGCUGCCUCCUCUCCUCUAAAAAAUCAUAAGGAAAAAAGAGUAGAAAGUCUGCAGAAAACAAACAAACAGACCAACUUGUGCUCUAGUGAAGUGAUGAGUGUAUAUAGUUACAGUUUCUCUUGAAGGGAAGUCAUUCAUACAGGAGGCAAAUUUUUAUUGUUGCUGAUAUGACUCCGAGCAUUGUUGUGCCAGACUGCCCUUGUUCAAGAAGGAUGUGCAACACUAGCCUGGCAAAGUUACCCAACAGAAAGACUUUUUCUGCUGGUGCUUAUGAAGAAUGCUACAUUGAGGAGAAAAAGUCUGAGAUGGCAUUGCUGAACCAUUUUAUAUCAUUUAUAAUUCUCUGUUUAAAGAACAUCUUCAGCUCUGGCCGGCAUUGAAAUAAUGAAAUUCCUUCAUAAUAAUUUAGUUGCUGUUGACUGUUAUUAUUGUUAUAUAAACAGUGACUGAAUCAGUAAGAACAGUGUAACAUGCCAGUUGAUUUCAGAGUUUCUGUAAAUAUCUGGAAUCCUGGCAUUGUAAAUUUCUUUUUCUUAUUUCUCGGGCUAACACAUUUACUGGGCUGGUGGGUGGAGGAAAGUUUGUGGUUGGCCACUCGCACUAUUCACUAUCUUAGUGUAGAAAUGGUGCAAACUUUGUACAAUAAAUGUGUCCCCUAUA